CUGUCCGGAAGUUGGAAUGGGAUGUGAGCCAUGAAUGGUGAUGCCCCUUGUCAGGACACCUCCUCCCAGGUCCCCGACUGGCGGGAGUUCUGCGAGCUGCACGCCCAGGCGGCUGCUGUGGACUUUGCCCAGAAAUUCUGUCGGUUCCUCCAGGAGAACCCCCAGUACGACACGCCGGGAGCCGAGGCCUCCUUCUCCCACCACUUCGCCGCCAACUUCCUGGACGUCUUCAGCGUUGAGGUCAGCCGGGUCUUCGUCUCCGACUCGCCCACCAAGUACAACAUCGUCCCCUUCGUGGGGCUCCAGCCCUGCCAUAUGCCCAAUGCCCGAGGGCCACAGCCCUGCAGAGAGGAGACCUCGACCGAGCCCCUUGACAGCAUGGACCCCACGGCCGCGGCACCCCCUGCCCGCUACCUGAGCCAGGCCCAGCAGGCUCAGGCCCACAAGGUCUCCUCCUACGGCCAAUCCCGGAGCUCAGAGGACGUGUCUUUCCAUGCCACGGCCAAGCCGCGGUUCAAGAAGGGCUUCUCGCUGCGCAACAUGAGCCUGUGUGUGGUGGAUGGCGUGAAGGAGAUGUGGCACCGGAGGGCAUCCCCUGAGCCCGAGGCAGGCCAACCAUCGGGGCUUCGAGGGGGAGAGCCCCCGGCAGAGCCCCGGGAGAAGUGGGCCCACCGGUUGCGGCUGUCCCGGGGCCCGGCCUCCAAGGUGGAAUUGGCAGACAUCCAGCGAGAGGGGACGCUGCGCUACAUGGUGGCCGAUGACUCCGGCUGCGUGGGCGGCUCCCAGUGGCAGAAGUGUCGGCUGAUGCUCCGGAAGGCUGUGAAGGUGGAGGGCGAGAGGUUCCUGUUAGAAUUCUAUGUCCCCCCCAAGGCCUCCAAACCCAAGGUGAGCAUCCCUCUCUCUGCAAUCAUCGAGGUCCGGACCACCAUGCCCCUGGAGAUGCCAGACAAAGACAACACUUUUGUGUUAAAGGUAGAGAAUGGAGCCGAGUACAUCCUGGAAACCAUUGACUCCCUGCAGAAACACUCAUGGGUGGCCGACAUCCAGGACUGCACAGACCCCGGAGACAGUGGGGACGACAUUGAGCUUUCCUCCUGUGCCCAGGGCGGCUGCCUCCCAGGCCGGGUAUCUUCUUGCAGCUGUGAAUUCCUCACUGAGGCAGAUGUCCCCCGGCCCCCGGAGAGGUGCUCUGCGGCCCCAGAGCCAUCGCUGGGUGCAGUGGUCACAGCCCCUCACGGCAGGGCCAGGGACUCCGCAGGGGAGCACCUGACCCACGUCCCUCUAGAGAACUUCCUUCAGACCCUGGAGUCUGCCGCCAGCACCAGCCACACAGGGGAGGAAUGCAGCCAGGUGGAUCUGGAGAUUGUCCUUUCAGACUAUCCCUGGUUCCACGGGACUCUGUCCAGGAUCAAGGCAGCCCAGCUGGUCCUGGCAGGAGGAGCCAGGAACCACGGCCUCUUUGUCAUCCGUCAGAGUGAAACCCGGCCAGGGGAGUAUGUACUGACCUUCAACUUCCAGGGCAAGGCCAAGCACCUGCGCCUGUCCCUGAAUGAGAACGGUCAAUGCCACGUCCAGCAUCUCUGGUUCCAGUCCAUCUUUGACAUGCUGAGGCACUUCCACACCCACCCUAUCCCCCUGGAGUCUGGGGGAGCUGCCGACAUCACCCUUCGCAGCUAUGUGCUAGCCCAGGCCCCCUUGCCCGACCCUGGCCCAGCUCCCGGCACGGUCCCCCCACCUCCCAGCUGCUGGAGCGAGCCCCCCACCCAGCAUUACUUCUCCAGCUUCGGCCCUGGGCCCUUCCAGCCAGCUUCUCCCUCCGAGGGCGGGGGUGCCUCUUCCUCCUCGGCCUCCUCCUCCUCAGGCACUGUCCCGCACCCACAGUACCAUCGCACCGAGGGCACGCUGAGCGCCCGAAGCCGCAGCAACAGUGCAGAGCGCCUCCUGGAGCCUCCCGGCCCUGGGACGGAGGACUACCAUGACAGUGAGGGUGCCCGCAACAGGGCCCGGGCAGUAGAGAACCAGUACUCUUUCUACUAGGCCCAGAGAGCUCAGCCUCCCAUAACCCGGGAGCAGAGUCCCUGUGGCUUCUGGGCGAGGACACCCCCUUCUCUGAUGGGUGGAGGGAUUGUUUGACCCUUUGUGGUUCUGGAGAAAUCCCUCUGAGUCUGGCUGGAAUUCAGGGCUGGCCACAGUCUCUCCUCUUUCUUUCCCUUCCCUCUCCCGUGUUUCUCUCUGCCUUGGUCACACCUCCUUUGGUUACUGCUCUGGAAACGUGCCCACUAACCCAUUCUGGGGGGAGGGGGUAUGGGCCACUGCCCCGUGGCCAGGAUCUGAUUUCCCUUUCCCAGCCCUCCUCCCUCUCCCUUCCCUCCUCCCCCAUGGAGCGGCCCAUGGGUCGUGAGAUUGAGUGCUCUAUCAGAAGCUCUUCAGUGAAGAUAUGGAUGUGAUUAAAGAGCCUGUUUUAGGGACUGCAGCAA